UGGGGGUCCAAGCUGUUCGAAAUUUGAAAGGUGUCUUCCUGUCUCAGCAAAAAUAUGUGUUUGAUCUUCUUCUUCGUUUUCACUUAUACACUCUCAAGUCUGUUCGUAUACCACUUGCUACACGCACAACUCUCUCCCUCACAGAUGGUGCACUCCUCGCUGAUGCUACUGAGUAUCGUAGUAUGGGCACUAUUGAUCAUGGAUUAUGGCUUCAGACUUCUGCUCAUCCCAUUCGUAUUUUGGCCUAUUCUGAUGCUGAUUGGGCAGGAUACCCGGAUAGUUCUCGUUCUACUACAGGUUUUGCUAUUUUCUUGGGUCAUAAUCACGUGUCCUGGAAGUCUAAGAAACAGCCAACUGUUUCUAAGUCGUCUACAGAUGCAGAAUAUCGAACUAUUGCUUAUACAGUGCAGGACACUCUACACAUCCGUUCGGUCCUCUUUGAGCUCGGCCUGCCUGUUCGUGAUCCCGUCCGAUUAUUAUGUGAUAAUAUAUCUGCCUCAUACCUGACAGCAAAUCCGGUUCAACAUGCUCGCAGCAAGCACAUUCAUAUUGAUUAUCAUUUUGUACGUGAGAGAGUUGUUCAUGGUGAUGUGGUUGUACAAUAUGUCCCUACACAUCUCGAGCUUGCAGAUAUAUUUACUAAAAGUUUAUCUAGUCAGCAAUUUCAUUUCUUAAAGGACAACCUGCGCGUUGUAUCUCCCGCACAGCUUGAAGGGGUGUAAUAGUUUAUAUUAAUUAGGAAUAUUUAUGUAUUUUGGCAACUGAUAUUUUA